AUGAGGUUGCCGAGUCACAGACAGUGUGCGGUGGAAGGAGAUGGGAAGAAGAUGGACCAAGCUCCUCCGAUUAGAAACCCCUUUGUGCACGUCUUGAAAUUCAGCCCUCUGGAGAAAGCAAAGGUAAUAUAAAAAUACAUUGCAAAUGUUGUACUUUUUGUGCAAAUCAGUGAAGAGGCUGUUCGGUGAGUUGUUGGACAUGGACACCUUUGUGCGACACAGUGGAGGGGCUGUCAUCCUCAUUUAACUUUGCAGGUUUUCAUCCCAUGUAGUCAGCUGAGCUAGUGUUAGCUAGUCGGCUAACUGUGGCUACAUACAUGUUGCUUUUCCUCUGUUAUCUAGUUGGCUUACCGCUCUGCUUUAAUGUUGCUUAAAGAGCCUAAAGUCUCAUUUGACAACAUUUAUUUAGCUCCAACAAUAGCGUUUUUUUUCCCUCUAAGAAUUUCCACAAAAUGACCAUCAGCCUCUCCUUCCCGGGAAUCCGCUAACACUGUUCACUCAAUGAUCCUCAGCUAUCCGAGCAUGGCCGCCUGUCCAUGAUGGGCCUAGCUUGUUGCUCUUUAACUGUUGUCACAUCUGCUACACUGUCACAUGCUGCCUUCUUGCUAGCUUUUUGGUUAUCUCUCAUGAAAUACCAAAACUAUAAAAUGUCUCAUUUAUUGCAGACGGGGUACUGUUUUUUUCCACCCCUUGCAUUUUUUGUUCCAGCUUUGUUGCUCAUCACGGUGCGUCCCAGCAGCAUCCAACACGUGUGGAUGUGGAGGAUUGGAAACUGCAAGGGAAACUGUCAAGUCGCGUUCAUUUUUUCCACAGACGACUUCUCUGUCGCGUUUUCCUGCUAAUCUUUUACCAGGACAGAUAAACUGCACCUCUCUAUGUUGUAGUUUUGCAGCAUAGGACAGAUUGAUGCAGCCACUAAUUGCUGUCCAUAAUCAGAUUAAAGGUUUCAGGCUGCUCUUCAAAAAGGUGUUAUCUUGCAGCUGAAUUGAAGCUUCCUUCAAAACUAUAAAUCUGUUCCAUUUUGAGUGCAUCUUGCAAAGAUAUUACGCUACAGCGAUUUAAAAGGGCCCUUCAUCUGACGGAUGUUGCACAGUAGACAGUUAAAAUUGUCCCUUUAUUGCAAAUAUUGCAACAUGUGGCGUUGUGCACAGAUGAAGGAAACCUUCGCUCGUCCUGUAUGCAGUCUGACAUUGAUCUUGCUCUUUCAAACUGGGGCUGCUGAUAAAUUUGGAGGCACAUGUCGGGCUCUUUGUAGUUCAUCUCAUGCGAUCCUUUUGAAUAGCUUAGUUAGGUAAGUGCACGUGUGUUUGUCUCUGUGUAUCCAACCUUACCCUUUUGUUAACCUUUGUGUGGAUCCUGGUUCAGUAAAACAUGUAUUUGUAGAAAUGACAUUUGAGAUUUGGGGACUUAUUUUACCCUCAGCUCCAAGAUAGAGGGGAAAUAAUUAUGUUUUACACCUGUAAAAUACCACUUUGAGCUCUUUUUGUGAAGGUUUUGAAUGUGAGAGAAGGAGAAACUGAGCCUCAGCUUUAGUUUUGUUAUUGUUGAACUGUGUAUUUAGCGUUACAUCCUGUCAUUAUAAAUAAUCAUAGGACCUAGAUUAAAUCUGUGAACUCUUGAGAUUGUGAGAUUAGCACAUAGGUAACAAUGUAAAGGAUUUGUCAACCGUGUUAAAGUGGGACACAGCUAUGUGGUAUUUUCAGUAACAGUUUAGCCUCAUGGGUGAGCCUCAGAAUUAUGAAUGGCACUCCUCAGGCACACACAUGUAUCUUAUUACAAGAAAGAAAGGUGACCUGGGGAGGUUCACACGUAAAUUCUGACCUUUUGGCUCUUUCAAAAGACACAAUGAAUAAAGGUAGAAUGUCACUGGGAUCAAAACCAAGGAAAAGGCAGGACUAGUGAGUACUCCCACAGUGCAGUUAGGAAGUUAAUAAUGAGUGCUAUACAUAGCCCAUUUAUUCAGACAAAUAACAAUCCCCCGGUUUGUUCUCUGCACAGUGUGAUUACAUGUGCACGUUAACAUUUUCUAUAAAAUGUAGCCAAGUAUCACACUCAUUUUCACCAACAGUGACAGUUCAUAGCGAUGUUCUUUUACAGCAGUUUUGUUUUCCCCUCCAACAGAUACUCACACAUUUCUGUACACAUACAUAACUUUACAUAAUAGGAGUCAGAGUACUUAAAAACCGGUUUCUUGUAAACACUAAGUGCUGGACCAAAAGUGGGUCAUGAAGUGAUGGAAUGGCGUUUCCUGGUUGUCCUGAUGUAAGUGUCUUCAGCAUGUUGCACCGAGUUUACUUUUGCAUCUCAGACCACACAAGGAAGACUAGAUGUUAACUGAAACAGUGAUUGUGUUAUUGGCUGAUUGAUGACUGCAGAAACUGUAGGUUCAUCUGUCAGUGGAUGUUUGUGUGUUGUAGUUUCUGGCUGGAUUUCAGUUUAUUGUGUCAGAAGUGUUUGUUUGAUAAGUGAAUAAUGUUUUAAUCUUGCCUUUUUGACCCAUAUUAAGACUCUUUGUGAGUUGUAUCAGGUUUAAUAAAAUUUACAGGUUCUUUUGUGUGAAUGCAAGCUAUGUGAGUAAUCGUAGUGAAAGGCCAUAAAACUACAUCACUGCCUGUAAGUGCAGACUAAAAGCCUGACAGAUAACAGGCUGUAGCUCACUCUAGAGUUUCUGUUAAAUGACAGGCUGGAUUGAUAUUUUUAGUUCUGGUGCAAGAGCCUGAACUGUUAACAAUUAAAGUGGAAGGGGACAGAACACUUGUCAAGUCUCUCCUGACUUGUGACUUUUUGGUCAUUUUUGUGGGUGAAACCGUGGAUAUAUCAGACUGAUAGUUUCCUCCCUGAAGUUGGCUCAAUUUUGAAGUAACUGUGGAAACCUGUGGAGGCUUAUCAGCUGGCCUUUUUAUUUUGUCUACAAUUCAUUAGCCUGGUACAUCAUUACAUUUAAGUUUCUGGCAGUUUUGUACCAUUAUAAAUUCAUGUGUACAGAUUUGUGUUUUUGACCCCUCCAGGUGGAUCAGCAAAAACCCCAACCAUAGCCAAGUCUUAAAACUAAAAAAAAAAAAAAACAGAAAAGUUGAUUUGGCUCCCAGCGUAACUUUGUCCAGCUUAAUUUGCAUUCCCUGUGUGCUUUAAAUUGGGAAACCACACAAAGAGCAAACCUUUUUGUUGUACAGAGUGGGCUAAAGCUCACUGCCACAAAAAAAGGUCAGUAUUCCCUUGGACUGGCAUCAGAAGAGGGUAUUUGAUCUGUUCUUCACAAGCAUAGUAGUGCACAUUCAGUGGACAUAAUGUCAGUGUGCACAGUGUAAGACCCAGGAUCAAAAAGAGGUUAAACAUUUCAGUUCAUCCUCUAUUGCUUGUCACAAAAACCCCAAACUGCUGUCAGGUAUUCGCGUGACUUCAGAGAUGACUGUCAGAAUAAUAGCACAAAAAUGACACAAGUAUUCAUUCUGGCGUUGUUAACGCCCCGACCCGAAACUGAACUUGCUGCUGCAGCUUCACUCUGACCUUAAGACAGAGAGUUCAGAAGUGGAAAGUGUCGAGACUUGUGACACAUCUUGAUCUGGCAGUCUGAAGACAGGAAGCUCACGUACUGACUUCUUCUGUCUCUGAAAGGUUUCAAUUCAAGCGCUCAUAUCAGUGAGAAGAUUUUUUCUUUAUGGACCAAGACCUCCUGUUUCACAGAGUUUUAGGUCAAGAAGAGUGUAUAAAACCAUGAAGAAAGCAAGACUUCCUGACUAUGCUUGUGUGAAGACUCAAGAGGUCUGAAGAAGAAGCAUGAAUGCGCGGCCAGCAGCUUCACAAAGCUAAAGCAAACAAAGUCCUCUUGGUUUAAAAAUGCAUCCAGAAUUUCAACAUGAAACUUCUGUGUGAUUGCAGACAUUUAUGAAACUGGUAUUAUAAGAAAUGCUCGUCAACACAUUGCCCGCUCUCUUGGUCUUUGGCUGCAGAUUAAUGAUUGAAGAAGCAGGGUGAUUUCUACCUCGUGUGGUUCUUUUCAUAAAUUGGGUGACAAUAACAAAUUGUUGCUGAUCUCUGAGUCAUUAUAAGUGGGUUUGCUUGCUUGCAUUCGGUCAGGAAGACCCACAAAUGAAUAAAACAUACGAACGGAGAUUUGCUGGAGCAAACUCCUCUUAGAUUUUGUUACAAAAAGCCAAGCUUAUUCUUACAAUGUAGGCUCCACAAUGGCAGCUAUGAUAAAUUUUCUAAGUACCAUUAGUCCAGAUCAGUGUUUAUUUUUGUCCUCACUUGGUGUUAAGUCUUAUUGCAUGCAUUUAAAAAUGCCUUUUAGUGCAGUUCCUCAGUUCACACUAACUCCUAAAUAACGUCCCUGCUUUUGUGGCAUUGCUUUCAUUUUAACUCCAAGUGACAUCCACGCAUUCCCAUGCUUAGGGUCUGAAUUAAUCUUUCAGCAAAUGCAUUAUACAGUGGCUCUAAAGCAUUCUCUGUAGGAAAACCUUUUACUAUAGGAUAAAAAAAAACACAUUACUUUGUCAGUCGUUUGGUCUUUCUUUUGCAAAAGCCGUUUCUUUAUGUUUGUUAUCGUGAAAACAAGACUGUGAGGCAGCUGUAUAUCUCAUUAAUGUCUGUUUGGAAAAAGUUGAAAAGCGGAGGAAGAAUUAAGACGAACAGGGAUAUUUUGGUAUUUUAGGAUUAGUGCAUGGUAUCUCUAUGCUCCUCCUUCACCUCAUACCUAGUGAAACAUAAUGGAUAAUGCUGUAAUAAUGUAAACAGGCUUAUUUCUCAGGAUAUGUUUACAAGUAUAACAGAGAGUGAGGCAAACUCUGGCUUUGCUCCAGCACUCUUGUUUGUGAAAGUAUAGAGUGUAGAAAUUGUAAUAUCGAGCGAUUUUUUUAGGGGUUGGAUUCUAACUGGUUCCCUCGCUCACCCCUUGUGUCACUGAGGGGACAGUAGCCUUGAAGGACAAGAAGCUCUUGUGAUGCAUCAUGAGCAUGAUCCAGUCUUUACUAUCAGAAAAUCUGUUUCAAUUCUGUCGUGUAAAGUUAUCACUUUGUUCUUUGUCUUCGCACAACCGCUGACUGAGAACAAAAUCACUACAGUACAGAAACAUGGGAGUGUAGCAGCAGCCUUUGUGGUAGGGACCUGCUCUGAUGUUGAUCUAGAAGGCUCAGUGGAAUGAAUAUGCACUCAUUAAAACACUCUUACAUAGGGCUGCGCGAUAUGGGAAAAAGUUUAUCACGAUAUAUUUUUUUCACAUCAGUCGGUAUCGAUAUAUAUCACAACAUAAAAAAAUGAAAUUUAACAGUGCUUAUUGGUAGCAUGUCUUUUGCAGUAAAAUAAGCUGCUGUAUUUGUGAGGUCUUUGUGUCUCUUCGAUAUUUUGUUGUAAGGCGUUGCGCUAGAGAAAGCGGACUGAAUGGUCGGCUGUUUUCGGUGUUAAGUUGCUAUGGUUGUGUGUAGCUGCAGCCUGCUACAACGCAGUUGUUUGCUACUUGGUUCUAAUUCAGCACAUGAUUGGUUCAGCACAAAGCAGACCCUGACAAACUCCCCUUUUCAUCGGCUAUAUGUAUAGUCUACCAAAACAUGGCAGAAUGCCAACUAUCGAAAAGCAUAUUGACCAUGUUUUAUAUUAAUAUUGAGGGAAAUUAAUUCUGGAUAUAUAUCGUCGUUUUAUUGCCCAGCUCUACUCUUACAGUAACUGUAUUCCCUCCUCUGUCAAGUCUGUUUAGCUAAAUACUGUCUAAUAGAGCUGCACCAUAAAUUACAAAUUUAUUGCAGAGAAAGAGGAAAUUAUUUGAUGUGUAUGGUCAAAGUGUGUUCCCACUCAGCGUGCACCUUGUACCUGUUAAAUAAAGGCUAUGCAUUUAAGUUAAGUCUUAGCCAGCUGUGAACUAUGCCAGUUGUUUUCCUACUGCUAAAUACUGCACACCAAAUUUUCAAUUUUAUGUCUUCUUGUUUUUUUUUUGUUUUUGUUUUUUUUUUUGUUCAACAAGCACGCCAUCAAUUGACUGUCAAACUGUCAGCUGUCUCCAGAUAAGAUAAGAGUGCAUACAACUUCAUGCUCCCCAGGAGUGUUUGCUAUCAAUACAAAUAUUGACCUAAGAUAAGCCCUGCUCUUUCGGAGUCAUGAGUAGCUGUAAAGUAAACGGUCACCUAACAGUUCCAGGUUUUGUCAGCACCAGUAAAUAACCUGUCCUAUUGGUAACUUGUAUGAGAUAAUGUUACAGCGCCCUUUACUGGAGGUAUACAAACAUACAUACAUAUAUAAAAGCCAUGGUGUAACCUAAGGGCAGAACUUCCACCUUUUAACACUAAAACACUCACUGUUUCAUAUCAGAUUCUUUGAUUAUUGCUAUAGACCUCCUUUUAUGGUUUACUACAAGAGAGGAAUUAAAUUCAAGUGCUGCUUUUUAUCUUUGCAAUCUCUGUUUUGUGGGAGAUUGAAAGAUGUAACACAAUCAGCUGUUUUCUCCCCCCUGGACAAUAAGUCAAACCAGGUCAUUAGUAGACUAUACCCACAUAGACUUGUGGGUAAAUUUAGUCAAUUGUGCUCACUCAUCCCACUCAGUCUGACAUGUCUCUAUUAAUUUUGUCUUUAGGGGCCUGUUUGUGCGUGUGUAUUUAUUUGAGGGUGUGUUGCACAGAGAAAGAAAUGAAAGUAUACUUAUUCUUCUUCAUCGCCCGGAGCAGGACAUAAGGAAAAUGUGUAUGUGGACGAAAUAGUGGAAAAUCUUUUGCUGGGUGUGUUUCUUUAACUCUUACCUCUUUUCCUCUUUUUCUCGCAGAUCGCAUUAAUGACAGUCACACUGUUCCCCAUCCGUCUACUCAUAGCUGCAUUCAUGAUGCUGCUGGCUUGGCCUUUUGCCUUCCUGGCCUCAGUAGGGCGCUCAGAGACCACCGUUGAACCCCAGUGCCUCUGGAGAAGGUAUGCGCUUUUUAAAGUGUUUUUUCUUUUCUGUGUGUUUGCGUGCUUCUGCGGCCCAUUUUAAACAUGCAGAAAAAUCCUGGAAAUUUACACUAGACUAGCUGUACGUGUGAAGAGCCACAUUUUAUUUAUCCAAUCCAGUUGUGGAUUGACAAACAGAUACAAAUACCAGAUGUUUAGAGGGGAACAAAACUAGAGAGAAUAAGAGAAAAUGCUAAAACGGAUUGCAAAAUCUUACACUUGGACUAUCGCAGUGCCUAUUUGACUCCAAAUGAAACCUCUUGACUUUCUCGCUGUGACCCCGUCGUCCCACAGGGAAUGAUUAAUGCUCUGCCUGAGUUGGCAUGUACAUGUUAAGUCAGGUAAAUUUGGGAGUUGGAGCUCUUCCACGUGUAAAAUCCUCUCUUCUCAGGUGAACUUUCCUUAUUCAAAGGGAACUUCAAACAAGUAACAUUUUUAGGGUUUUUAUGCAUGAGCUCUUGAAGCUGUAACCUUCAAAAAGAAUUUUGGCUGAUCAUUAUCAGUUCGGGUUGGCAGGAAAUUCAAGGAUGAAAAGUUAGAAGGGACAACCAGCUUUGUUGAUCGUAUCGGUGUUUUGCCACACAGGUUUUUGAGGAGGGCCUUGAUGCAUUCUUACCAUUGAAAUAGAUUUUACAAAGUUAGAGAGAAAAUAAGUGAUGUGUGCUUGUAAGAAGAUGAAUACAUCAAGAGUAGCUACGAGGGUUAAUAUCAUCCAGUUACUACUCUGGUCUGAAUCCUAUUCAUAAGAGCUCAACCACAAGCGUCCUAUACAUGACUCAUCUGUUGUUGUAAGAAUGAAGCCAAAAUUUAAAAAAACUCAUACUGGAUUAGUCUCCCUUGGCCAACUUUGCAAAAUUUCAGUUGAAAAUUGUGAAAUAAUAUGUAACCCAUGAAGAAGGUAAGAGGUUUUUUGUAUUAAAGAUUACUAUUGGUUUUAGUUUAUGCUUUUGGUUUACACAUUAAAAUACACCCUCUUGGUUUACAGUUUAACAUGGGUCAACCGAGGUUGCUGAUCACUUUUAAAAUUAAACUUAAUCAGCAUUCCUGGUUUCUACAUGGACUCUGAAAGGACUUCACAUACAGCAGCUUUGGCUUGACUCAAACUCGGGUAGAAACCAGUGAUUGUAUCGCCAUUCAACGUGCUACGCAGCCUACAGGUAGAAUAGAAGAUAACAGAACUCAAAAGGGCCAUUUCUUUAUUUUGUGAUGGCCACCUAAUAAAAAACUAAUUUACAUGUAUUUUAACAUCAUCCUUGACUCCUGUGGUUGUGAGAUUAAGAGUAUAAUGGAGCUGAGAUGUGUAAUUUGUUAGAAAAUACAAUACUGCCAAGUGGCGUUGUUAUCUCAUAUUAAUCGGAGCCACUCUAAGCUGUGAUAGUUCAGUUGUUUGACCCGCUGCUCUUUUCGUACUAUUGUGUAAGACUAUUUCCAAGAAGCUCCCACUGCAACAAGAGGUCUCCUCCAGUUGAACACUUGUCUCAACAAGCGAAGAGUAAAAAUACUACCUGAAAGGUUAAUAAACAUGCAGGUGAACAGUGUUGUUUUUUCAGCAGAGGCUUGGAUGGAGGCAAUGUGUGGAAUUAGAUGUGUGUGGAGGCAGGUAGGAGAGGUUAUUGAGAACAGUAAUAAAUGUUUCCUUUAACCUGAAGGACGGUUAAAUUGGGGUGAAAAAGGACACGCAGGUGAAUGCACACCUAUUUGCAAGCAGAAAAUAAUCCAGGGUACCAACUUUCAAAUGUCCCUUUGGGCUUGAGAGUACAAACUGCUCAGCGCAAGUGCCAAGUGAAAUUUAUGCUCACUUGUGCAAAUGAUGUGAUGUCUGCUACUUAAUGGCUUUCUACACAGAUCUUUGGUCUGAUUUGAUUUCUCUCAGUGACAGUUUAGCGUUUGACCUAAGCUGCCUCUGUAGAAAUAGGGUCGUUCUGUGAAGCACAGGCAGAUAAUUAAUAAGGAAAAGGUACCUCGCAACAUUUAAAAAAUGAUCUAAUUCUUGGAUAAUCUUUGAUAUUUUUAGCUUUUGUCACUGCGUAGCACACAGAUCCUAUUAGUAUCAAAGGAUAGCAUUUACCCCACACAGUCCUCUGCUUCGUCUCGGUCAUUGUUUUAUUCUCUGUUGUUCAAUAUCAAAGAUUAUAUCCUAACCUGCAGUUCAGAUGAUGAGUUCUUCUCACACAUGCCUGAUCUUCUUUGCAGACUGGUGGACAUAAUUCUGAAGAUCAUCAUGCGGGUCAUGUGGUUUGCGGGAGGCUUCCACUGGAUAACAGUGAAAGGGAGGAGAGCGUUGCCCGCAGAAGCACCAAUCCUCACCUUGGCUCCGCACUCUUCCUACUUUGAUGCCAUUCCAGUCACGAUGUCAAUGGCCUCAAUAGUCAUGAAGGCGGAGAGCAAGGACAUACCUCUCUGGGGCAGUGAGUAUCAAACACAGACAGGAUGUAUUGCUGCCAUUCUCAGUUUUAUGUCUAUCAUUUGAAUUGUGAAGGUGAGUAAAAGUGGUCUAACAAAUCCAGUGAGUGGUCUUGAAUUUUGGACAUCUAUUUGACAAAAACGGUGUGUCUACUACUCAAUCUAUGAAACCCACGUCUAGGUUACAGGAAGUUUCGUCAGGUACAGUGUUCACUCAGUGUCAAAACACUGUCUGUCAGGUAUGACGCUGUUGGUUAAGAGAGGGUUUGCCCGGCCACCUAUUCAGAUAUAUGUUGUCUUGAGUUGAAACCAAGGACACAUUGUGUAAUUGUCACAGCAGUGUAAAGUAGGAAAUGUAUAAACACACAGAAAUAGACCUGCCUGCAUGUGUAAGCUGUCGUUCUUUCCAGAAAUAGCACAACUGAUAUGUCAGCUCUGACUCUGCAACGUAUUUCUUUGAAACAUUUAUGACUGUUUUCAACCUUGAGUUGUGCGGUCUUGUUAUAUGUUCCUGUUAACAAUGUCCAAGUCAAAGAGUCAGGGUAAGGCCAGAGGUACACUUGCUGUGUAGCUGUUGAUGUGAGAGUGUGUCUUUUACAGCCAGACUGUGAUGUGGUUGCACUCUUUACACCCAACCAUGUGGACAAAUGAUUAUUUUCUCAAUAGGAACAAGUAGGCAGAAAAGUGGACAUUCUGAGUCUGGAAUAGUUUUCUUUUCAGUUCUUUUGUUGCAGCAAAUCCACAUUUAGCAGUUUUCCUCCAUGCGACUGUAUGUCCACAGAGAUUAUUUACACGAGCCCACUCUGUCUGUGAAUAUUUAGUGUGUUGAACAAUUUGUAUGCCUCUGCAUGUUCUGCAGCUUUGCUGAACUAUUAGUUAUAUUCGUUAUGUUGUUGAAACAAUAUGAUUCAGGGGGGAAACAAAUUGUAUUGUUUUCAUUGUAGGAAAAAUCUUUUUUUUUUUUUUUUAAAGGAGCAAUUGAAAAUCGAUCGCUUACAUUUCCAAAGCUGGAUCAGAGAGAAUACUAUGAGUUUACAUCCCUAAUUUUUGAUCAUUGUUAGCUGACUCUGGACAUUAGUUUUGCAUGUAACACCUGAAAUGUCUGGGAAAACUGUUCCAGUAUUACAGUAAGGAGGAAAGCAACAUGACCAAAAUUUUACCGAAAUCUCAAAGCUCCUGCAUUUUCUGUUACAACCCACAUCUCUAACUCAGUUUUCUUUUGUUAUUAUCUACCUGCUAUCAUCGCCACAUUUCUGUUCAAGGAUGACUGAAAGCAGCUAACCAAGGCUGGUGUCUUUGCGCCAUGUAAACACUCAGGUAGAGGUCAAAUGGGCCAUGCUGUGCUGCAGCCAACACACACAAGUGUAACAGCAGAUCCUAUUAACUUACUUGCAAGUUCAGUUACCUGUCUAGUUGCCAGUUUAGGGAUUUGGCCUCUUGGCCCUGGCUGAAGGAUAUACUUAAAAAGGCAGAGGUGUUUGUUAUUUUAGACUCCCUGCCUCCUCCCUCUGCGCCUCCUAUUAAGUCAUUAACCGGUAACUUUGUUACCUCCUGUUUGAGUCACUCGAAGUAAAUUGCUUGUAUUGCAGCAUAAAGACACUAUAUUAAGGUACAUUUGGUCAUUCGUAUAUAUAUAUUUUUUACAUCUUUUUCAACAGCAAGUAAUCAAGAACAGACGAUAGUUUAGGAAGCAGGCAUCAAUGCCUGACCAAGCAAGUGGUAUCCAGAAUAAGCAUUAAGGCCUGAUCAGCCACAGUGACGUGUGUCGAGUGUCUCACAGAGCACCAGCUAGAGCCCUAAUCCUUUUCUGUCGCAGACAGCUCUCAGUGGGAAUCAAUUUCUUCUCCAGAGAAGAGUGGCCUUGUUCUCCACCUAACACUUGCCUCGCUCUCCUUUACUUGUUGCAGCCGUUUUUGCUCUGAUGGUCUAUUUCAUGGCCUCCACAAACUUAGCUUUUUGCUCCAUUACUUUUACCGGUGAAGAUAGGAAAAACAGGGAAAUGUGAUAGAAAUCUUGCUCAUAAAAUAAACCCACUUUUGUCUUUUCAGACUCUUUUUCAUGUCCUAGGUACCCACAAACAAGGUUUGGGGUGUGUUGAUUGCAUCAUACAUGGCUGAUGGCAAUCCACCAAUAAGCCCCUUACCACUGCAGCACUGUGAUUGAAAAGUUGCAACCACCCACGCCUGGCAAUUGUCCCUUUUUUGAGUCCAGGCUGCAUUUAACUCCUAGAUCAGCGUGAGUCAUAUGUUUGACUGUGACUCAGGUUUCGAGGCCUUUCUUUGUCAUUUGUGUCGGGGAAAGAUCUGAUCUCCACACAGUAUGAGUAAAACUGAUCCCCCUGUUUGUAUUCAGAUAUAAAAGCCCAGCCUCCACAAAGGUCUGUCCUGCUGGGCUGCUGCCUGCCUAAAGGUCCUUACACACCAGGCGUGAAUUCGCCAGGCGAAUUAUUCGCCUUUUUUUAAAAACAGCAUAAAGUCAAUGCAAGCUUCCACACUGGCAGCGAUUUUCCCGCGGGGCGAAAAGCGUCUUUUAUUUUUUUCGCUCUUGUGUCAAAUUUUUCUUAGAUUCGCAGGCGAAUAUCUGGACCUGCUAGACCUCUGGCCAAUCAAAAGUCAUGUUGUUGAUGACGUCACAGACCCAUGCGGCUGCAGUUCACAUGACACACACCACCACUGGCACCAAGAGCAACGAUGGGAGGGAGUGUGUACCACAGAGUGGUUGCCCAAUGUGUAUAAGCGAAAGCGAUUUUUCGGACCGGCGAAUAUUUUCGCAUUUUCGUCUCGCUUUUUCGCUUCGCUCCACAAAUUCGCUGGUGUGUAAGGACCUUAAGAGUUAAACACAGCGGAUGGCAGCAGAGCAGGUUGUAAGAAUAAGACACCACUGCUUAGUCCCAAGGUGGUUCAGUCAACUUCACUGUCACAUCAGCGGAGGAGAAACCUCGACGAAGCAGACAGACUGUAGUCUCACUGCUUUGUUGUCAUGUGAGGAGGGCAGAUACUUAAGGCAUUAUCUUAGUAUUGUGGUAGACAUUGUCAAACACCAUUUAGACUUUGGCCAGCAUGAUGUGAAUGUGAGGUAUAAAGCCGCGUUCAGACCAAACGCGACCAGGUCGCGUCGCGUCGCGUUGGUCGGUCAGGUCGCGUCGCGUGGUGCCCUGGUGUGUCAACACCGGGUCCAAAGCUGCAGUCGCAGGUCGCGGCUGGUCGCCGGUGACGUCAUCCAUGUCACUAGCUCAGUUUUCAGUUCAUCAGUGCUGCCGCAUAUCUGUACAUCCGCAGUAGACGCCGCCGGCGUUUAUGGGUGCAUGAAACCAUCCGGAGGAGGACGGAGCUGGGUGAAUUUCACCACUUGCUCCAGGAACUCCGCCUGGACGACGGCCGCUUCCAGCGGUACUUCCGUGUGUCGACGGCGCAGUUCGAGGACCUCCUCGCCCGGGUGGGAAGCAGCAUCUCCCGCCUGGACACGAAAUACAGGCGCUCCGAAACUGAGAUGCUUCUUCUUUGGCGUUGCGGUCCCGGUACAGCCCGCAACCUACGUCGUAUAGCACCGGGUGGUAGCUAACGGAUGUGAUUAACUGCUCCUCCAUUGUGAUUCUUCUUCUCCUCUUCCUUGUUUCGCCGGUUUGUUGACGUCAGCAGAGCCCUGAUUGUCUGUCGCGGCACGGAGUCGCAGGACGCCAAGUCGCGUCGCUCCCAAAGUUCAAAUAUUUGAACUUUGGGAGCAGCGCGACUUGGCGUCCUGCGACCUCGGCGACGCGACCUCGGGGACGCGCCUUGGCGACCGGUCGCUAGGUGGCGUCAGGUCGCGUCGCAGGCAGCCGGCGGUCGUUAAGUCGCGUCAGGUCGCGGCUGGCCAUAGACUUUGCAUUGGGAGCCGUCGCCAAGUCGCGUCAGGUCGCGUUUGGUCUGAACGCGGCUUUAUGCAUAUAAGAUGGUUGUUACAUCAGACUUUUGCUCACAUUGUUGUGAUUCAGUUUGAGUCUGUGAUAAGAGCCGUACACACGAUUGUACACGAUGAUCUGUUCUUCAUAUCAACAGUCUUCUAUCGAAUAAGAACAGACUGUUGCUUUUAGGGCCGUCUUAAAGGUCAUGAGAUGAUAGCCUACCUACACACACCCAAAACCAACUUUUAUUUAUUUAUUUUUGACACCAAAUAUACCAAUAUGGGCAGAAUGACGUUGGUUAUUGCUGUAAUUUUCAGUAUUGGUAAAGUUUCGGUUUAUCACCCAGCCCUAGUAGUUCUUGACACAGCUGUGGAGUAAAUUGCACAUAACAUUUUACUAAGGCCUCCUCUCAUAGUAAACCAAUUCAGUGUUCUGUUUAUUAGUUCCUGUUUGUUGCUGUGAAGGUUCCUUCUUUUUCUGUGGCGAAUUAAAUUUGCAGACUCACUGGUCUUGAGAAAAAUAUUGAAGUUGUGGACUGUGGGAGCAGAAUACUGAGUGUUUGUGGUAACACUGAGGUAUAAAUCAGGAUGUUGCAUCUGUGUUUUUGUCACACAGUGACGUUUCACAAGCAAUUCUGGAGUGCAAAGAAAGGACAAGAUAGUUAUGUUGGAUGUCUGCCACUGCCUUCAGUCCUUUGAGGAUUAUUUAGUGAUGGUUUGGACAUGUUGAACUCUUGUUUGCUUUAAUGAUAUACUUUUCGAUUUUGAGAUAUUCUGACUGUUUACAUAACAUCUUUUCCUCUUUUUUUAUUGACUUCUUGGAACAUCUUUUUUCAGUGGUGUCCUUUCAUUAGCAGUUGUACUAAGUAUGUACUCAGAAAACAGGCCUUUCAGUCAACAGUGCUCACUGUCAUAUGAAUGUAACAUUAACAGAGAAGUUUCAAUACAGCCAUUAGUCCACUCAUCAGCACUGUGCCGCUCUGUGGUGGAGUGAAAGUUCAAAUGAGGUGCUUUGAUUGAGGACACCAUUAGAGUGGUUUUUGAUGUGAAGAGGAGCUUAGCUCUCUUCCAUGGCUGGAUUUUCUGAGCUGAUACAAUACAGUCUUUGUGUUUUUGAAUGCAUUAGACUGUUUCGAUCAUUAUAUUUGUUGUUUUAGGUAAUACAGUCUUAGCCUGUUUCAAGAGUUUAAGUGUAAAGGUCUGAGUCACUGUUCCCCCACCCGUCUCACUGAACCACUAGAUGCAGCUGAUGUAGAUAAUGCAGUUAGGAAUUAGAUUUUUAACUGUCAGAAGAAAUAAAAAAAAGUCGACUUCCUGUAUUCAUUUGCAUUUCCUCAAUCUGUUUUCUCUUUCCUCUGAUGCUUCCAGCUUUGAUAAAGUACAUCAGGCCGGUGUUUGUAUCGCGGUCAGACCAGGACUCCAGGAAGAGGACUGUGGAGGAGAUCAAACGCAGAGCACACUCAGGAGGGGAAUGGCCUCAGGUAAAGGAAACCAAAGUGCACAUGUACACUUGUGUAUCCUGUUGUAGACGCACAAUUAUGCGUCAGUACCUGAAUUUAGCCUUUACAGAUCUUACUUGAAAAAAGAUACAGAAAGACUGUGAGCCAAAGAAAUAGCACCAUGGCACAUUUACAAUGACCCUUGAUUAUGAAACCGCAUGAUAAUUAUCAUAAUUAUUACCACUUUGAUGCAUGAGACAAGUGGAGCUUACUUUUUAUUAGAAUAUGGACCAUAUGGCUAAAAAAAAAACCCACAUUUUUUUUACAUUGUUUAAAUCUGGAUCCUGGUUGAUCAUAUAUCCAAGAUGUGAUUGGAUCUUAACUCCUUAGACCACAUUCAGAGAUAGUCUGAGCUCUCACUGUUUCAGUUCACUCGUGUGUCCUGUGCCAUGUUGGUAAACCAUCGAGUUUCCACACAGAAAGUCACCAUAGCUGUGAUUACUGUGUGACAGGCCAAUGAUAGUUAUUUUGUCAGAGUAAAGAAGAGAGCGGAAUAUAUAUUGUGAAUGCAUCCGUCUGGUUUGUCAGUCUGUCACCAGUCUGCAUUGUUGUUCACACACACACACACACACACAGAUAUGAACAUGGACUAUUUUUGUCAAACAUCAACACUCAUAUUCAUCUGAUCACUUGCUUAGUAUCCUCAGGACCUCUCUUUUCUGCUUUACUAAUGGAAGUAUCACACUGUUUUUCUGAAUUAUGCACGAGUAAGUUAUGAGUAUGAUGGUUAGUUUCAUUUGUGCCUAGAGGCUGUAUAUGGUGUGACUAGUUGGGACCAUAGACACAUUCUCAUGCCAGGUGUGACUUGAUGUGCUUAGACUGUGCUCUUGUGGGACCCUCCCCAACACAAGUAAAUACCAAGUGUGCACAGGUUACAAUUGACUUACUUAAGAGUAAAAUCUAACUUUGAGGAAAACACUGUCCAAGACUUGAAACACUGAAACACUUGAUGGUUUUGUUAUUUUUUCACUGUUUGAGGGUCCUGUCCUUACUGUUUAGGAGAUGAUGUCUGUCUCUAUAUAAUAGGAACCACUCUGUCUUUCCUGCAGAUCAUGAUUUUUCCAGAGGGAACAUGCACCAAUAGAUCCUGCCUAAUCACCUUUAAGCCAGGUAAAGCUCUCACCUUCAGCGUUUUAUUCAACUUUCCUUUCUUUUGAUCUCAUGCUGCAAGCUGUUUACUCAAAUCAUGUGGAUAUUAGAAAGCAUGCAUUUAAAAUAUCUGCUAUUACUAAAAUUAUUACUGUUAUUCUCACGGUUUGAAUUAUGAUUUUUUUAAUCGUCGUGUUGAAAUAAAUAUCCCUGACACAUUCAGUAAAUAUUCAUAAAAUAGGGUUUUGUGUUCUUGUUCUCAGCUCAUUUAGUCUAUGCAGUUGUGUGAAAUCUUUUGUGUUUUACUCUUACAGGGGCCUUCAUCCCAGCUGUACCAGUGCAACCUGUAGUGAUACGUUACCCAAAUAAACUGGUAAGCUCGCCCAUGGAUACAUCAGUAAUACAGCAUACCAGUGUUUGAAACCGAAGGGGAAGAGACUACACACAUUUGCGUUAAAAAGAAUCUCUUUAAUUAAGUGCCAUUUUUUGUCCCUUUCGGUACACCGUAGUUAAGCCAUCACUCUUGCCGAUGAGAAAUAAUUGAAUGGCAUAUUACACUCAAAAUCUCCGAAAGUCUCAGUUGACAGAUCUAAAGAAAUAUGCACUCAGUGUCCAACGCAUUAAAAUAUCAACAGAGUACUUUGAGUUUAAGCCACCACCUACGAGAUAAACAUACAGGUGCAGCUGAUCAGACACAGAAACUGGCAAAGCACUAUAGUGGAGUCUGCAAACCACCACAGACCUAACAUUUGAAUGACGUACUCAAGGUAUGUGCAGUUCGUCUGCAGAAAUGCCUUACUACUGUGGGGAACAUGUGUUUGACUGAAAAGUGCAAAUGCUGUCCCAUUCACUGGAGAUCACAUGACAUCAGUGAGUAAUGACAAUGAUCUUGUAAUAAUAAUAUAAUAAUAAUACAUCAACACUGAUUUAACAUUUUGUAUCAGGGCUCUUACAUAAUAUGCUACAGUGAAGCUGUAAAAAUAAACAUUUGUUUUGCUCAGAUGAAGCACUUAGAACAUUAAUUUGAUUUUCAAAUCAAGACAGUGGCAAGAAGUGCUUUGAACUGUUAAUACGGACAGGAGAAAGCAAAAUAAGGAGAUCUUAAACCUAUUUACAAAUCAGUUAAUCAGUAAAAGUAAUCUUGUUGUAUUUGUACAUUGUUGUCUGCAUGUCGUUUCAUACACAUCCUGAAGCUGGCUUGGCCUCCUGCCAGAGUCUCACUCUGUAGGAAGGUAAACAUACAGCAGAUCACCUGAUGGGGUGAGAGAUAUUGCAGAUAUAUUUAGUGUCCAUGAAAAAGAAAAUGUUCCGGGCAAUACAGAAGCAUUUUACAUACUCAGCAGAAUCCCAGACAGUCCUGUGAAAUGUGCUUUCAGUCAGUUCUUGCGGUCACAUUGUGAGUCAGGUAAUGCUCCGCUCAUAAGUACAUUUGACUUUUUCUUUUUUUGCACCUGUCAAAAACUUAUAUCAUUGCACCUCACCUUUUUUAAACAUACUUGCGCACAAUUGGCAAGUCAUGUCAAAUGCUCAUUUUUUAGAGGAAAAAAAAAAGGACCAUUAAAAAUACAAUCUGCACCAUCACAAAUAACACUACAAAUGACUGUGCGGACUCCACGUCAGUCUGUUUAGGAUUUUAAGGCAGUUUCGACCAGUAAUUAUGUAGAUACAUGUAGCUAUGAGUACAUGGGCUUCAAGUAACAGCAAAUGUAACAUCGGCUGCAUUAUUUAUUUAUCAUUUUCAUCUGUUCAUCUUAUUUCUCAGUUACAUUUGCCUUCUGUUCUAUUGUGCCUCACAACAGCCUAAGGCCAGAAUUACACAUAGGUAAAGCUUAAAUUGUGACAGUAUGACUUUGCCUGACAAAAGUUUUAGCAAGUUUAUGCCAACAAAUGAAGUUGUUGAAGUCCAGUUUUGAGAGGAAUUCAGUGAAGUGUGCAGAGAAACUUUGUGAUGGCCUGACUGGGAAUCUUGCUAAUCAUGGUGUGACUCAGAAGGCAAGUCCAGGGCUGUGCUCAGGCUUGUUGUUCUGGGGUGAGCCAGUGUUAGCCAAGGACACGGUGAAAAGGAAUUAUGAGGUUUUGUAAAAUUCAGAUCUGUGCUGGUCACUGUUGUAGGUGAAAUUUAUAUAAAGAUGCCUUACAUUAUUUAAGAUUUGUCACAGUAACAAAAUGCAUGACUGUUAUGUUAAAACAACCUUCAUCACUGACUGUACUGUAAGCUGAUACAGGAGAGUCCCCUGUGUGCAUGGUGGAGCUUUCAGAUGUUAAAGCAUGCAUAUUAGGGCCCGACCGAUUUACAGACGAGCCAAUUGAAUCGGCCAAUUUUAGCCCGUUUGAGACUAAUCAGUAAUCGGCCAAAAUUUUCGCCGAUAUUUUCAGAAAUAAAAUGCAGAGAAUAAGAUUUGGUUUCACUUCGAAAAUGUUCCACCAUUUGAAAAGUUCCCCGACUUAUCCAGUAGGCACAGCCACCUCAUGACAAUCUUCAUCCACUUCAUCGAAUGGUCCGCCUCAACGGUAAAUAAACUAGUUUGUGAAAUGCACAAUAAGUCAACAAGUUUCAGUUCAACCCACUUCACGAUGUUCCCUGCUGUGCUGGUCUCGGUCACGCCGAGUUAACAGUGAAGCACCAUGUAAUAUGCAAGCUAAAGUUAGAGUUAGCCGUCUGCUAUUAGCCUUGCUACACUGUUAGCCGUGCCAGUAAUCGAGCUACUACUCUUACUGAGGCAGCUGCAUGUCUCCAGAUUAGACCGGACCGGGAAUGAGUAACGUUAGUUAAGACGCACCGAUCGGCGGUUGAAAAGUAGUUUUGUGGUCCGAGUCUGAUCAGUCGGUCUUCCUGACGGCUUCAAGAGCAGUAGCCUACCGUAGAUAUCUACAGCAUAUAUAUAUAUAUUUUAUAACUUAAUAACAAAUUCAAAAAAUUGGCCGAUUAAUCGUAAUCAGAUUUUCGCCCCCCAAUAAUCUGUAUCGGCAUCAGCCCCAAAAAAGCCAUAUCGGUCAGGCCCUAAUGCAUAUUGGCAUGUCGGAUCGAUAACUGAUCAUUAUCAUCUUUAACUGCCCUGGUUCUGUUGAGGUCUUCAAAAUUUUAGGUUCUUUGAUUCUUUUUAUUUCCACAUGCCUCACAAUGACGCCAGGUCUGUUUAAUAUGACGCUUAAUCUGUUCAAAAUGACUGAAGCUCAUGAAAAAUAAGAUCUACCAUUAUAUUUCUAACCAAAUCUGCAUGAAGCAAAAUAGAGAGAAAGUAGCGGUGGUCAAGUAACAAAGAAAGUAUGUGCCUCCACUGAAAACAAUUUAUUUAAACAGAUAAAUAAGAUGAUUUAUUUUUUUAGCUGGUUCGCACUGGUUACUCUCUGCGGACAGAGAAGUCCAUAUUCUGGUCAUAAAAAAAUCAAGACAGGUUCAGGAUUUAGUUUGUUUUCUGCUCUCGUUGUGUAUUUCCCUGCCAACUGUGUGUGUCUUUCUGCUCAGUCCCCUGUCACAGCCAGUACUGUACUUCCUGUUCUCAUUCACCGGUCUGCAAAGAAUGAGUUUUGUGUUAUUUCUGCUGUAGUAUUUAACAAGGGGGAAAGUUCGGCUAAUGUCUGUGGCAGACUGAUGGAGAGCAGAAGACAGAAACAGCAAUGCCCCCUGGUUCCCACAUGUUUUUCAGUCUCGACCUGCAGACUGAAAAAGCCUUACACCACUGCACAAAAAUAACAGAUUCAAAGAGCACUUAAAGAAAGUGCUUAGUUUAGCAUCAAUUAUUUCUAAGAGGUAAGGAUGUGGUUGCUAAACCGUCUUAAAACCAGUAUUUCAGAGUGAUCAGCUCAGGCAGUGCAUAACAACUUUCUGCCUAAGUUUUCAAGUUGUUUGUGCCCAAAUACGGUUAAAUAGAAAACCUUUCUUCUCAGAAACAACUAAAAGAAGAAAGUUAAGAUGAGUCUAAUAGUGUUUUCUGUAUUUUUUGUUCUUAUCUUUGACUUUGUGUUUUUUCCACAGGACACGAUCACAUGGACGUGGCAAGGGCCUGGAGCGUAUGUACACUUUUUCCUAAUUACAGCUUGCUUUAAUAAAAAGUGUUCGUUCAUUCUGUGAAUUAUUGUAAAUAAUUUAGUGUAAUAAACAUUCAGUCCUUAGUCAUCAAAGUUCUCCUCACAAGCCAGUGUCACAGUGUAGAAAUGUGUCAUCGGUUACAUUUUACAGCUUAACCUCGAGGCUCCUCCUUUUAGAAACGAACUUUGUGGUCUGAACCUCAACGAUUUCAACAAUGAGAACUCAAAUAGACAGGAAGCAGAUUAGUCGUGGCUCCAGGAGAAAGACUGGCCUUGUUAUCAGUCUCUGUGGUGUCCUCAGAAUACCCUGUCCUGUUUUGGUUCAGCUUAAUCGUUUUAAACUGUCUUGUUAUGGCGUGUACUACAACUUGGGAGAACAUGAUGCUAUUCAACUGAAAGCUGAACAUAUCAGCUCAAAGUUUGUAUGUCCCAGUUACAAACAUGUGAUCAUACUUUUGUCAUAUUGAGAUCUUAUGUGAGCCACAACAGUGUUCGCAAACUAUGAAGUAAAGUUAUUCCUGGAGAUAAUGAGAUUAGUGCCAGAUUAAUAAAUUUCUUUAGACACAAAUCUUUAAAGCUUUUUUUUGUCUAGAUUUUUACAUUUGUUGUUUAAUGUUAUUAUCCAGGUUUGAAAUCUUAUGGCUGACGCUCUGCCAGUUGCACAACGAGUUUGUGAUCGAGGUAAGAAAAAAAUGAGUACAAAAUAUUUGUUUUGUUUAACAGAGUAUUAGGGCCAUAUUAGGAAAAAAAAUAGACUUAGAGAUUAAAGUCGAUACUUAUAAUAAGGUUGUGCUGAUGUGCCAAAGGAUUAAGUAUCUACUUGUUUGAGAAACCUAUAUUGAAGCACAGUUUCAUGAAAUGCUCCAUGGCUCUCAUUUCAACAGCUGUCAUCUUAAACAGCAAGUUAGAAUAUAAGGACUUUAUUCUGACUUUACUCUCGCAAGUGAUUACUUUACUAUGACUUAAUUGACGUAAGUAAUUACUUUGGUCUCAUAGAUUAACGACUUUAAUCUCAAGUCUUAAAUUUUUUUUUUUCUUAAUGUGGCCCUAAAACUCUGUCGUAGUUUAGCAAUAACUUGUGUAACUUGUGCAUUGGAAUUAUUGUAUUGAUGGCCUCAUAUAUAGAUGUUUUAGUUGAGAAAUAAAGCCACAAUUGAAACUAUCGUCCCGUUUGACUCACUGUGUCUAGCAGUGCCAAUUUUUUUGGCAUUUUGUAUUCCUCUUGUAAUAUGAUAUCAUGAUGUACCACUGCAGAGGUUGUUCAGCAGUUACUCAAUCACAGAAUUGCUGUUGCAUGAUCUUAUCAUGAGCAGUGUAUCUCAGCUUACCUUGCCUUUCCUUCAGCUCCCCUUUGCAUCCUGCAUGUCUUCACAAGACUCUGGAUCACACCCUUUUAAAAUGACUUCACACUAACUAUUCAAAACUGUUCAAACAUGUGACUCUUCAAAAGAGACUUUUAUACUUCAUGUUUUUUCUCUUUUUUUGUAUCUCUUUGAAGAUGUUAAGUUUACCCUUCUGGCUGUCUCUUUCCAAACUUCUCAAAUUUAUCAUUUGUUUCCUUGUUUUGUUUUAAAAAUGAAUCUUCAUCUAAUUUCAUGCAUGAGAAAGAUUUACCGUCCCAAGUAAAUGGACUAUUAUUUUUCUGCAAAUGAAGUGCCCAAACAAAAAAACAAAAAGGUUUGAUUUAUGAGAUUUGGCUAAUAAAACACCUUUGGCUCUCUGCAGUUCCUUCCUAUCUACACACCCUCAGAAGAGGAGAAAAAGAACCCGGCUCUCUUUGCCAUCAAUGUGAGGCGUGUCAUGGCAAAGUAAGUGAAAAAGUAUUGUUUAUGUAAUAUGUAACUGUUUGUCCCUUUGGUAACACUUUAUUUGACGGCUAGCUCUAUAACGCUUUAUAAAUACAUGUAUAAUGUGUUAUAAUCAUGUUGUAGCACUGUAUAACUAUAGUUAUAAACACUCAUAAAUGAUCAUAAUGCUUCAUAGCAAUAAUCAUAACACAUUAUAAAGCAUUUUAUCAUGACUUACAAGGUCAGGUAUUAUAAUGUGUUACAACUGUUAACAACUCACUGAGAAUGUCCACAUAGAUAAUGCAAUUCAACUGUUGUUAACAGUUAUAACACAUUAUAAUACCUGACCUUGUAAGUCAUGAUAAAAUGCUUUAUAAUGUGUUAUGAUUAUUGCUAUGAAGCAUUAUGAUUAUUUAUGAGUAUUUAUAACUGUAGUUAUACAGUGCUUUAACAUGAUAAUAACACAUUAUACAUGUAUUUAUAAUGCGCUAUAGAGAAAGGCGUCAAAUAAAGUGUUACCGUCCCUUUUAUUGUCAUGACUUAACCUAAAGCAUGAUGCAUAACAAUAGUGUGUAUUCCAACAACACCAAUUGUUCAAAUCUUCUUGAAUUCAGAGGGGGAAAUGUCACAGCACAUUGUUUCUUUGUGUUUGGGUGACUCUUAUUUUCUCUGUCAUAAAACUGUGUGUUCGUGUCUCUUGUUCCCCUCUCAGUGAGUAAUCAUCAUGCCUGAGAUCACGAGUGUCAUCCUACUUUGAAUAAGACUCCUGACCUGCUAUUUCAAAUACUGUAUCAUCCAACUUUGUUCUCCAUUUCGAGUCUUGUAUAAAGUAGUCAGAUUAAACAGACUAUACUUACCAUCUGUUUGCUCAGACACUCCUACACUCUGCACUUCACAACUGAAAGAGUAGGUUUGGAAACUUCACCUCUACAGUCUUAUGAAGAAAAAUGACUCGUCUCUCCCUUACGUCCAAAGUAGCCAUAUCCGCGGCUGCACUGUCCUUUAUAGGCCUCAGGCAGGUAUCGAUUUGCACAUACUGAUGUCCUGCCAUUGUCUCCUCUGUGCUGUCUUCAGAGCCCUAGGGGUACCCAUCACAGACUAUUCAUUUGAAGACUGCCAGCUUGCCAUGGCAGAAGGCCAGCUGAGACUGCCAGUCGACACCUGUCUACUGGAGUAUGCCAAGCUCGUCAGGAGACUGGGGUGAGUCAUUUAUAACUUCCAGUGUACUCCUACCAUUACAGAAAAGACAAGGAAGAGAGGGAUGGAAAGGUGAGACGGGGCAAAAUGAUCACAAAGCACCUCUGGGACCUGGAUUUAACGCUUGGCCGUAGGACCCUCUGUGUAACAAACACAACCAGUCGUGUGCACAGGUGGGAAGGCGGUCGGAGAUUUUGUCCUUGUCACUGUUUCAGUGGCUCCCAGCAGUUGUUCAGGUGCAUGUAGAGGGGGAAAUCUGUGGAUGGGGAUAGUGUGAUCUCUACACACGAUACAGUUUUUGUUGAAACCCCUCUACAGGACUUUCUACUCCCAAGAUUUGUCCUCUUCUUCCUUUUAACUGCCUUUUUUGCCUAAUCUCCUUGUCGACGCUUUAGUGAAUGUAUUUACUAACAAAGUCUCAUGCUCUGCUGUCACAGGCUAAAACCCAAGAACGCUGAAAAAGUCCUGCAGGAGUAUGGGAACAGAGCCAGGAAGUUAGAGGGGCAGAAGCUGGGCUUGGACGACUUUGCCCAGUUCCUGGAUGUGCCAGUUUCAGACAUGCUGCGAGACUUGUUUGCUCUUUUCGACGAGGUAAAGACUGGAGGGAUUUUUCAAGAACUCGUCAACAGUUUGUGCAUGAGUUAAGGGCAUGACCCCAAAACUGAAAAGCUUAAACAAACCACAAACUGAGUUCAUCACGUAGUGUUUUUGUUCAAACAUCUUCAAGACUGGAAGCAGAACUAAAUACUGUAUGCUUGUACGAAACUUAAUCACAACACCUUGUUUUUCAGCGCAGCACCCAAAGGGAGCAAUUAAGGUUUUAGUGCAGCAGUUUCUGUGACCUUAACAAAAAUCUCUUACAAACUUAGCAGGCUUAUAUCUUUGGUGGCUGUCUUUCUAAAAGAAUUGUUUUCUGUUUGUUGUUUUCCAGCAUGAAGAUAACUGCAUUGAUAUCAGAGAAUAUGUGAUAGCCUUAUCUGUCGUAUGCAGACCUGCCAAAACUCUGGAAACAAUGAAACUGGCCUUCAAGGUAUGUCCUGUUGCAGACUUGAUGCUUAACACCUGGCUGAGUAGAACUUCCUGUGCGUCAAUCGGACUAGUCUCGACACUUCAUGUGGUGCAUAACACAGGGCUGAUUUGUGACAAGUAUUGGUCAUAUUCACACAUUUUUCUACAUGGCUGUGAACUCAGAUCUUCUCUUCAUAUCAUCAGGUUUAAAUUCGUUCAGUCAUUACUCUGAAAGUUGAGGAAGUCUGUUGAUCUUACGGCUCGAUUGAGAAAACAUGAUUUAUUUCUAACAUUGCCAGUGCGUUUGAAAGUUCAGGUGAACUGGCAGCUCAACUGAUAACCGAGUCAGAGCAGCAUCCCCAAAGGCAAAGUCAAAGAGAUGACCAUCUGCAUGCUUUACUGUUGUACCUUCUCCAGAUGUUCGAGGCAGAGGAAGACGGCGCCAUCACAGAGUUGGAGUUGGCAGUGAUCCUGAAGACAGCUUUGGGAGUAGCUCGCCUCAGCGUGUCACGUCUGUUCACUGCCAUUGAUGCUGAAGACACAGAGAAGAUCACCUUUGGUAAGAUGCAAAAUAAAAAAAAUAAAAAUAAAAACUUACUGUUUAUUUAUAUCAAAAAGUUUAGUUUCCUCUUUCUUUUUCAUUGUGAAACAUUAGAUUGAAAGUUGGUGACUUCUAAUUCUCAGUGCUGCUCCUCUCUUUCGAUACCCGUUACUCAUUGCGUUUGUCUCUGGCGCCCUCUUGUGGUCCUUCUACAGACAAGUUCAGGAGCUUUGUGGAGCAGCAUCCAGACUUCUCUGAGGACUUCCUGUACACAGAAAACGCAGGCCUCCACAGUGGGCCCUGUCAUGGCCACCAUACAAAGCCCAGCCAGUCUUCCCUCAACCUGCAUGGCACUGCCACCAAAAUAGCAAACGGUAUCUGCCCCGACUUCACUCCCAACGACCACGGCACAAAAGAUGGACUCCACAAGAAACACAACUGA